GGAGUUGUUAGUAGUAAGUUGCGUGUACUGAUGUCAAGUUGUGUACUUCCCUGCAUAUAUUCAGUGUAAUGUUUGAAAGGCUCUCACAACAUGGAAGACAAUUUGAGUGAAACGAGGGAUCAUAUCAAAAGGUAUGCCGAGGCUGGUUUAAGAACCCUUGUAGUCACAUACCGUGAACUUGAUGAAGAAGAAUAUAAGUUAUGGGAUAAGGAGUUUUCAAAGGUCAAAACUUCUGUAACAGAAGACUGAGAUGCAUUGUGGAUGCCGCUGCUGAUAGGAUGGAAAGAGAUUUGAUACUUCUUGGUGCUACUGCAGUUGAGGAUAGACUGCAAUAGGGGUUCCUGAGUGUAUCGAAAAGCUUGCACGGGCAAAAAUCAAGUUAUGGGUAUUGACUGGAGACAAGAUGGAAACUGCUGUCAACAUAGGGUAUGCUUGCAGUUUACUUAGGAAAGACAUGAAACAAAUAGUGAUCACUCUUGAUUCCUCAGAUAUCCUAUACUUGGAAAAACAAGGGGACAAGCAGGCUUUAGCAAAGGCUUCUCUUGAAAGCAUUAAGAAACAAAUUGGAGAAGGAAUCUCACAAAUUAACUCUGCAAAAGAGAGUUCUAAUGCAAAUAAAGGAAGUUCUUCUGGGUUUGGCCUUAAAAUCGAUGGAAAGUCCUUGGAUUAUUCUCUUAACAAGAAUUUGGAAAGGUCCUUCUUUGAGCUUGCCAUUAAUUGUGCUUCUGUCAUCUGUUGCCGAUCUUCAUCCAAACAGAAGGCUCGGGUUACAAGGUUGGUAAAAUUGGGAACGGGAAAGACAACCUUAUCUAUUGGAGAUGGGGCAAAUGAUGUUGGCAUGCUUCAGGAGGCUGAUAUUGGAGUUGGUAUUAGUGGUGCUGAAGGGAUGCAGGCUGUAAUGGCAAGUGAUUUUGCAAUAGCUCAAUUCCGGUUUCUAGAGCGACUUUUGUUGGUACAUGGUCAUUGGUGUUAUCGGCGUAUAUCAAUGAUGAUAUGCUAUUUUUUCUAUAAAACCAUUGCAUUUGGAUUUACCCUUUUUUGGUUUGAGGCGUAUGCUUCUUUCUCUGGUCAAGCUGCUUACAAUGAUUGGUACAUGUCAUUUUACAAUGUCUUCUUCACUUCACUUCCAGUGAUCGCUCUAGGUGUUUUUGAUCAAGAUGUUUCUGCCAAACUUUGCCUAAAGUAUCCCUUUCUAUAUCUAGAGGGAAUAGAAGACACCCUGUUCAGCUGGCCCCGGAUUCUAGGGUGGAUGUUGAAUGGAGUCCUUAGUUCUUUAGUAAUAUUCUUCUUAACCACUAAUUCUGUGUUGAAUCAAGCCUUCAGAAGAGAUGGUAAGGUGGUUGAUUUUGAAAUACUUGGGGUCACAAUGUAUACAUGUGUGGUGUGGACUGUGAAUUGCCAAAUGGCAUUAUCCAUCAAUUACUUUACUUGGAUACAACAUUUUUUUAUAUGGGGCAGCAUAGCCUUCUGGUAUGUAUUUGUGUUGGUCUAUGGUUACUUAUCUCCAGGAAUAUCGACAACAUCUUACAAGGUUUUUGUGGAAGCAUGUGCUCCCAGUGGUCUCUAUUGGCUAGUAACCCUUUUGGUUGUUGUGUGUGUGCUGCUACCNUAUUUCUCCUAUAGGUCUUUCCAAAGUCGGUUUCUUCCAAUGUACCAUGAUAUUAUACAGAGAAAACAAGUAGAAGGGAUUGAAAUUGGCUUAUCUGAUGAUGAUUUACCUAAACAGGUCCAAGGAAAACUAAUACACCUCAGAGAGAGAUUGAAGCAAAGGGAGCUGUGAAAUGUAAAUGCUUCUAAACAUAUAUUCUUUGACCCUUGAAAUUCUAUUUGAUUUCUUGCUGACCUGGGAAGGAGAAUUGAAGUAGUGAGAAUUGCCAAUAGCUUUUAAUUUUAAUUUUUUUCUUUUCUUCCUUGGUUUUUAUUUGUUUAUAAAAUUAGAAGAAGAUAAUUUGUGUAGCAGUUACCUGAUGUAGAUUAGCUAUGUAAAGCUUGAGUAUUUGUUGUACCGAAAACGGUCAUUGUAUUUGUUAAUGGAA